AUGAUUUCGCAGAUUUUAGUUGAGAUUCCAUAUAACAUUAUUGGUGCUACAAUUUAUUUCUUCUGCUCCUAUUGGCCAUUAAGAGUUUAUCAAAACUCAAGAUUAGCUGGUGAGUUUUAUUUGAUGUCAAGUAUCAUAUACCAAAUUUAUGUUCCGACUUUUGCAGUUGAUCUCUAUUAUUUUUCACCAGAUGUUCAAGCAGCUGCUGCAUUAAGUUCAGUUGUCACAGUUUUCAUGUUUUCAUUUGCAGGUGUUUUACAACCAGUAUCCAUUAUGCCAGGAUUUUGGACAUUUAUGUAUAAGGUUUCUCCAAUUACAUAUGCUAUUCAAAGUUUAACUGCAACAAUAGUUCAUGGUAAAGAACUUAAAUGUUCUAAGAAUGAAUUGGCUUAUUUCUCACCACCACAAGGUCAAACAUGUGGUGAAUAUGUUUCAGAUUUCAUGUCAACGAGAGGCGGUUAUUUGGUUGAUCCAAAUGCUACAGAUGAAUGUGGUUACUGUCAAUUUGAUUCCCAAGAUGCUUAUGUUGCAACUAGAGGUAUUAAAUAUACUCAAUAUUGGAGAAAUUUUGGGUUGUUUUGGGUUUAUAUUCUUUUUAAUGUUGCUUCAAUGAUGUUUUUAUACUGGUUACAACAUGAUGCUAAAUUUUCAUUUGGUAAGAAAUCAUCAAAGAAGUCAACUGAAGUUAAGACCCCAGUUGAAUCUAAAUUUAGAUCAAAUGAAGAUAUUGUUUGA